CCAAACCCCCGCGCCUCGCCGGAGCAGCCCCGCCGCCGCGGCCGCCGCUCCUCCCCUCUGCCGGCCGCUCAAUACCCUCGAUUCCAUCGCGCCCCGUCGCGUAUUCCUGAUUCUCCGCCUCCCCCGGGCCCCGGGCUCUUCUGACGAGGAGGUCGACGAGGAGGAGGAGGUGGCGGGGGUGGUUGCCGGCGCCGGGGAGAUGGGGCACGCGCCGGGGGUAGCUCGCGUGCGGCGGGCGCUGCUCGCCCCGUGCGUGACGUGCCCGCUCUGCGACGGCUACUUCCGCGAGGCCAGCGCCUUCACCGAGUGCGGCCACACCUUUUGCCGGGAAUGUAUUAUGAAUAAAAUAGAUGAGGAGGAGAUCGAAGCCUGCCCAGUGUGCGAUGUUGCUCUUGGGAUCACUCCUGAAGAGAAACUCCGGGCUGAUAUAAGUAUUCAGGCUAUCAGAAAUUAUUUGUUUCCAUCUAAGGCAGAAGUAGAUGCUUUUGAGGCUCCAACUAUUACAUUGCCAGCGAAGAGAAAAGAGAGGUCCAUUUCUUCCUUGGUUGAAACCCCAAAGAUGGCAACACAAACUACUCUGACAGGACGGAGAACCAAAGUUGCAAGAAGGACUAUCACAUCCCAGACGUUUUCUCUCAGUAAAUUGCCAAAUAAAUCUGAAGACCGCGAUCAGAUGGCUGAGAAGGCCUCGGCACUAAAAUCUACCAAGAUGACAACAUCUGCAAAUAAAAAACAGAACACUGUAGAUAUUUCUGAAGAUGGAAAGAAUCGCGGGACGAUUGACAAGGAAGAGCUUGAGAAGCCCUUACGGAGUCUAGUCGUGGCAAGCGCGAAGAAAUCGCAGAAUCCAAGUUCUUGUUCCAAGGAAAGUUCAGAAGCCCUUACGGAGUUACGGAGUUUAGUCGUGGCAAGCGCGAAGAAAUCGCAGAAUCCAAGUUCUUGUCCCAAGGAAAGUAAAACAACCACAGAGCAUACUCCGAGGGAAAGCCCAGAAGCAGACUCGCAUGAUGGAAUAACAACCCAAGUCUGGUUUUCACUAGUCACUUCACCGAACCAGGUAGAAGCUAAACUGUUGCCUCAGCUAGAAAAGAAUUUCUACAGAAUCAAAGAUGGAACUAUGCGGGUAUCCUCCAUCCUGAGGCUGAUUAUGAAAAAACUUGAGCUAGCAAGUGACGAUAAGGUGGAGAUCUUAUGCCACGACGAGUCGGUGUGCCCCUCGACGACGCUGCACGGCCUACUCGAGCGGUGGCUGAGCUGCAAGCCGAAGGACGAGGUCCUGAGGCCGGUGGGUGCUCCGGCGAAUGAGUUUGUGAUGGAGCUGCGCUACCGCCGGUGCCCGGGGUCCAGGCCCCUUUGCUGCACGACGAAGAUAGCGUCCCUCCCCUGCCAUUGCAGCACCUAGCUCCUCCGUCGGUCAUCCGCUCAUGCUCGUCGUUCAAUGGUCCAUCAGUCUGCCUACCUAGGAUAUAUUAUACAUAUAGUAUUCUCACUCUAUACCUGCAUAUCUUUCUCAAUUUUGUUGGACCGUGUAAAGAGAGAAGGGGCGAAAGAAAGAGGUUAGCAUAGCCGUAGAUUUGCUAGACAAAGAAUACGAAAAGUUUAUGCUGGCUACAUUUUUGGUUUACAGUUAUCACAAGACCUCGCAGACAAAAUUCCUCAGUUGUU